AUGUGGUCGUCAUCGGUUGUUCGCUUUGCCCGCAUCUUCUGGCUGCUGUUGCUUUGCUCCUUGCUGGUGCAGGGACAGCUUGGAAAGGAUACGCAGCAGAGUCUGGAUGAGUUCCGUCAGCGAUACUUGAUGCCUUUACUCUCCCCGGGUAGAAACUGCAGCUUAACAGCCUGCGAGUCGCUGAGAAUCAUCUCGCAACUCCUGCUGCUCAUCAAGGUGAUGCCCAAUGGCACCCUUAAUUCCCUGGCGGAGGGUGUAAAAUCGGAUUCUUCGAGGCGUAAAAUGGGAGGCAACAACGACUCGAAAGCUGGCGAUGUUGGUUCCAUGUUCAAUCUGGCCGACUUCGAUAAGCGAGUGCGUCAAAUCGAGAGUCGACUGCGAUCUGUGGAGCAGCCCAUUUGGCAUUUGGCCAGUGGAAGCGAAAUCGAGUGGAAUCAUUGCACGUCGGGUGGCUGUCGCUGUAAUCCGGACACCAAGAGCUUCACCUGCUGGAACACAAAUCUGAAGACGGUGCCAGUUACCCAAGUGAUACCCAUGAAUAUGGUGGCCAUUGAUCUCUCGCGGAAUGCGCUCUCCACACUGCACAAGGACACAUUUCGCGGUCUAACGUUGCUGAAGGAACUGGACUUGUCCAACAAUGUGCUUGACUUCUUACCCUUUGAUCUGUUCCAGGAUCUGGACAGUCUGUUGCAACUCCGCAUUCAGAACAAUCAAUUGGAGGACAUUGAUUCCCGCACUUUCUGGAAACUACGCAAUUUGAAUCUCUUAGAUCUCGGCAAGAAUGCCAUAUCUCUGUUGCCUGAAUCCGUUUUUUAUCACGCCCAACGUCUGACUGUUAUAAAUCUAUGUGAUAAUCAGAUCAAGAACUUUCCUCCAAAUCUAUUGAGGGAUCAAAUGAUGCUCGAGGAACUGGACAUGUCGCGGAAUAUGAUUGAGGAACUCGUCUCAGGCAGCAUGCGUUACCAGACAAAGCUAAAGACACUUAACUUUGGCUGGAAUCAAAUAGCCAAGAUUGAGGAGGAUUUCUUUGAGGGCCUGAAGAAUCUGCGCAUUUUAAUGUUGCAUAAUAAUCGCAUCACUACCAUAUCUGGCACAAUUUUCAAUAAUCUAGCAAACCUGGUCACACUGGAUCUUACAAUGAACCGCAUAAGUCAUAUCGAUGGACAUUCCUUUGCUGAACUAAACAAUCUGAAUGAACUGCUGUUGGGACAGAACUCCAUGUCGAGCAUACCCGCUGAUCUUUUCCUGCAUGUGAGUGCGCUCACUCGCUUGACCUUGUUCUCGAACAACCUGACAACCCUGGAGGCCAAUGACUUUAAAGGUCUAACCAGCCUCAAAAUUCUGAUGCUCAACAACAACAUAUUGAAGCAAUUCGAUGCUCGGGCAUUUGAGCCGCUCACCCAACUGGAGAAACUUCGCAUUGACUCCAACAAACUCAUGUUUCUGCCACAUGGCGCCUUGCAUGGACUGGACAAACUGGUGGCCGUGAAGCUGGACAAGAAUCCCUGGCAUUGUGAUUGCCGUGCUCUGUAUUUGGCCCGUUGGAUACGUGAGUUUGUGCUGAAGCUCUGGGAUGGCCAACAGCCGAUGUGUCGUGGCCCUGGUGACCUUGGUGGCCAUGAGGUGGGUCUGCUGCGCUAUGAUGAUCUCUGUGAUGGCCAAUGGGCGAGCAUGUUGUCGCUGUCGCCGCGUCUUCCGCAUAUCUAUAACGCCACCACAGACGAGCAGCUCAAGGAGGCGGAAAUAACCAGUGUGGCCAUUAAGAAGGUUCACCUCGAUUAACAUUUGAUUAACGCUCCAUUGUCCAGUGUGCAGUGUCCAA